GGCUUCAGAUCGUAAGGAGAGAGCGGUGGGCUCGAACCAACUUCGCUGCUGCGCCAUCACCGCCAAGAUCCUUUUGGCGUCACGUUGUCCUGCUUCCGCGAGGAACUCUUGGGAUUUACCACUCGUUUUUUCGAUCCUUCAAUUUUCUUUUUUUUAACCCCCCUCUCCUUUCCCGGACCCCACCCCACCCACUCGCCUACCGCUGGUGACAGGGCACUACCAUCGAGGGUGACCCACUAUCACAAAACCACAGCUUCUGGUUCUUGGCGCACAGAUCUUCAAGGUGACUUGUGCCGCUCAAUUCGCCACACGACCCGGACGCAGGAGUGACUGAAGACCUGCUCCCUGACGAACGCCGCUACGGUACCGGCCAUGGCAGCCAAGGGAAACGAUGUGGACACCAAAUUCUUUGCCUCCAAGGUCACACACAGACGCCAGCGCCUCGUCACCAAGGAUGGGCGCUGCACGCUACGGACCCCGCGGGCCCCGGGCUCACCUGCUACUUGGCAGCUCUACCUGCAGGAUCUGUGGGGCACUGUGGUGGCCCUACGCUGGCGCUGGGUCAUGCUGGGCUUCUGUGCCUCCUUCCUGGGCCACUGGCUGCUUUUCGCUUGCCUAUGGUACCUCCUUGCCCACCUGAAUGGGGACCUGGGGUUGGACCAUGAUGCCCCACCUGAAGACCAUGUGGUGUGCGUCAAGUACAUCACCAGCUUCACCGCUGCCUUCUCCUUUUCUCUGGAGACCCAGCUGACCAUCGGCUACGGAACCAUGUUCCCUAGCGGGGACUGCCCCAGCGCCAUAGCUCUGCUGGCUGUACAGAUGCUGCUUGGGCUCAUGUUGGAGGCCUUCAUCACAGGGGCCUUUGUAGCAAAAAUUGCCAGGCCUAAGAAGCGGGCAGGGGCGAUCCAGUUCAGCCCCUGUGCGGUAGUGGGCCAGCACAGGGGACAGGCUUGUCUCAUGUUCCGAGCCACCAAUGUGCUGCAGCGCCCCCUAGUGGAUGUGCACGUCACUGCUGUGCUGUACCAGGACCGCGGAGAGCAGGCUUUGCACCAGUCCACUGUGGAGUUCCACCUGGAUAACCUCGGUGGAAACCUCUGCCCAUUCUUUGUUUUCCCCUUGACAUUCUACCAUACACUCGACCAAAGCAGCCCGCUUUACCAAGCAAUGCGGGAUGGCAGCGCCACGCACUUCGAACUUGUGGUAUUUCUCUCAGCUGCUCAGGAAGACACAGGCGAGAGCUGCCAGAAGAGGACUUCAUACCUGAGAGGAGAGAUUGAGUUUGACCACUGCUUUGCCCCAGUACUGUGGCUGGGUGCCCUGGGUCAGUAUACCAUCAACAUGGGCAACUUUGCUAAAGUCCUGCCCGACUCUACACAAACCAAAGUGGAUGGAGACAAGGGGUUUGUGGUGCAGAUUAACGGAGAUGGAAGCGACAGAAUAGAAUAG